AUGCCUCUUCGUAAACCCGGAAAUGCCUCAAAGCCUUCUGGUGACAACAUCGAUGUCACGCUGGAUGCAGCACGGUCACUUCUCAAUGUCGGAGGUGAUCUGCUUUCACUUGCGCCAAUCCCGGGGCUCAAACUCGCGGCGAGUGCACUCGCCAAUGUCAUCGGAACGAUACAGGACAUGAGAAAGAACGCUGAGGAUAUGGAGAAAGUCGCCAAUCGGGUCAAAGAGCUUGCAGAUUGUCUCAAAGCUGUCUAUAAACAAGCGAAACAGUCAAAUGUAUCUGUGGCGGAUGUCAAGCCGUUGGAAGAUCGAAUCAAGCGUCUCGAAGGGAGACUCAAGGACGUCGAGAACAAGGCCAAGAAGAUGAAAAGUCGAUCAAGGCGCCAGAGAUUCCUCCGCAAGAAGAUAGAUGCGGAGGAGCUGGAUGACUUAGAAAAGGACUUAGCGCAUGCGAUUGAAGACUUCAAGCUCGAGGGGGAUAUCGCUGUCGAAGGUUUCGUUGGCGUUAUUCAAGAGGGUGUUGUGGCAAUACAGAAGGUUCAGCUGGAUGAUCACGACAGAGGUAUCCUUGAGCGUCUUCCAUACGCUCGCGCAGCAAGCUAUCGAUCCGUGAUCCAUGAAUCGAAAUCAGGGUACCUAGAUGGAACGAGGGAGGCUCUCCUAGAAGAAAUCGACGAAUGGGCGAAGGGGACGUCUAGUACCUUGCAUCAUCGCAUCUAUGUCCUCAGCGGUGCCGCCGGUACAGGCAAGUCCACUAUCGCGUGCGAGUUGGCCAAGCGCCUCGCGCGGGAUGGCAUCCUCGGCGCAUCCUUUUUCUUCGACCGAGGAUACAACGAUCUGGCGACAACUCGGCGCAUAUUCACAACUUUUGCGUAUCAAUUAGCAUCCUUCCAGCCGACGACCACUCGCGGCAUCGUUCACGCUGCUUCUUCUUACCUCGCCAAGGGCAGCGACCCACAGCGGAUGGAGUAUGGACUGAAGGACCUCAUCAUUGAGCCUUUGUCCAAGUUGCCCGAAAGUCAUGCUCCAAUCAUCCUCAUCAUUGAUGCGCUUGAUGAAUGCACCGAUUCUGCGCAAGAGCUGAUUCCGAAGAUGUUGCAUCUGCUCGCUGAUGGUGUAUCGACCAUCCGGUUCCCUCUUCGGAUCUUUAUCACCUCACGCCCAGACUACCACAUCGAGAAUGCCGUCGAUUCGGAGAAAUUCGGAAAGGACCGUAAUUUGUUCAAGUUGCAAGAUGUUCCAAGGGCGACUGUGGGUCAGGACAUCAAGAAAUAUCUUCAGGAUCGGUUAUCUCAAAGUGCACAAGGUGAAGAGUUGCAGAGAAAGCGACCCAAUGCAAUUGCGGAACUAGCCAAAAAGGCGGACGGAUUGUUCAUUUUCGCUUCUACUGCUAUCAACUUCCUCAAUCAAUACCCGGUCGACGCCGUGCAGCGUCUAGAUAUCCUUCUCGCAGAUAACAUGCACGACACGCAUCAAGAUCUCAGCGAUCUAGACCAGCUAUAUACCCUCGUUUUGCAGAACGCAUUUGGCCAAAAGAUUGUGUCCGAUGCGGAGAGGAUGCGGAAGGUUCGUCUUGUGCUGGGUACCAUCGCCUUGCUUCAAGAUCAACUCACCGUGAAUGCGAUGGCAUUGCUCAUCAGCCUUCGCGUCGCUGAUAUAAAUUUUGUGGUCCAACUCCUAGCGUCGGUCGUCUUGCGCGAUGCCGAUGACACAAUUCGCCCUUUACAUGCGAGCUUCCCUCAGUUCCUCAUCGACAGCAGCCGCUGUAAGGAUACAACGUUUUAUAUUGACCCUGAAAUCCACCAUGCGCAUCUCGCGAUCUCUUGCCUCUCGGUGCUGACUCAGCAUGAUAGCUUGCGGCGAAACAUCUGCUGCCUUCCCAACCCUGCGAAGAUGAAACAUAGUGUGAAAGAUCUGCCGUAUCUUGUAUCCCAGAACGUUCCGACGCAUGUCCAGUAUGCGUGCAUUCACUGGGCGUUCCACGUCUCGAGUACGCAGGCCGCCGACUCCGAGACUCGUAUGCUCGUUGUCAAACACCUGGAUUCCUUCCUCAUGAACCGAUUGCUUGUCUGGUAUGAAGCAUUGAGCCUCAUGAACCGACUUGAGGUCGCUCCCGCGGCACUGCUCAUGGUCCGUUCGUGGUACCAGAGAUCUGAGCAGACUGCCGGCAAUGUCGGGCCGCUGCUCGAUGAUGGAUAUCGUUUCGUUCUUGAAUACUUUGAUGCAAUAAAUGCCUGUCCCGAGCACAUCUACAUCUCCGCGCUGCCAACAAUGCCAUCCUGCAAGCUGCUUGAUGUCUAUGAAGCGUCUUCUGUGCAAUCUAAUGGCCUGAGGAUAGCCACCCUCCGUGACUCGAGUUGGAGUCCGUGCAUUAGGGUAAUCGAAGGAAUUUCUGAUCUUGUGAGUGCUCUUGCGUAUUCUCCAAAUGGCCGCUGGAUCGUCGCUGGCACCCGAUAUGGCACUGUCUGCUCAUGGGAUGCCGGCUCCGGUAUUCCUCUCAAUAUGAUGGCGACCGAUGCAAAGGUUCGGCAUAGCAAAGUAGUCUGGCAAAUAGACGUCUCACCGGAUAACUCUAGGAUUCUGUCGGGUGAUGAAGAAGACAUCAGAAUCUGGAACCUGGCGUCCGGUGCCCUCCUACACGUGAUCACGGAAGGCAAGGAAAGGUAUUUCAGAACAGCCUCGUUCUCCUUAGAUGGCAAACUGAUCUUAGCCCACGCCUAUGCCCGCGACGAACGGAGCAUCCGUGCAUGGGAUUCCUGCACAUUUGCUCAAUUACCGGAAUCCAGCAACACCGCCAAUUACUAUCCCCACUCCGCCUCUUCUUUUUGGGGAGCCAUGGUUCUUUCGAUAACAUCAACGAACUCGAUAUCCAUUUACGACCUUGAGCACAAGGCGAUACGAAGCUCGCUUGUGGGCCACUCAAACGAUGUCGAAAGCGCGUUAUUCUUCCCUGGAGAAGGUUCAAAGGUCGUUUCGUUCGAUAGCUCGCAAGUCAGAAUUUGGGAUGUCCCUUCUGCGCGCUGUCUUCACACGUUCAAUGCAUCUGGUACUUUCUCAGAACCUGCCAUUUCUUCCGGAGGACACCGCAUUGCCGUGAGCAGCAGAAGCACGAUUGACAUCUGGGAUGCGGGCACAGGCAAACACCUUGCACAGCUACGUGAUGUUGAUGACCCGCUUUGCCUCUGCUUCUCUCCCCAAGGAGAUCGGCUGUUAUCAUUCCAUUCGGAUGGGAUUCACGUGUGGGACUUGUCGAAUACCGAUGCAAUCGGACUGUCGAGCAGUAUGCCCGAUCGCUCCGACAUACACCGGGCACCGGAAGUGUCUCAAGUCAUCUUGUCUGAUGAUGAAGAAUUGGCGGCGUCAGCAGCUACGGAUUCCACAUUAAAUAUUUGGCGCAUACGUUCGGGCACUUCUAUCUCGACGAUCACGCUUAACCAGCAUCACGUUUAUCAUAUGAUAUUCUCCCCGAAUGGCCGACAUCUUGCGGUGAUCUGGGGCGCAGAUGAUUAUAAGACUGGGACUCUGGUGAUCUACGAGGUCGAAAGCGGCCAAUCGCUGAUCACUACGAAAGUCGCGCAUGAGUGGAUAUUCAUUAUUAUGCAGUACUCUUCGAGCGGGAAUCGGCUUGCCAUCUGUAAUAUGACCCCCGGCAUGAAAAGCUAUCUCGACUUGUAUGACGCUUCUGGACUCUCACUCGUGAAAAGCAUCGACUUGUCUAAAUUCACAGACAAACGCGUUGCAGUGAAGACAAUUGCAUUCUCACCUGAUGACAACAAUGUCUACGUGAGGACUAUCGACGGCUUGAGUUUCCUCUGGGACUGUCACAGCGGGGAGAGCUUGCCGACAGCAGAGUUAGGUUGGAUCAAACACCGUGGUUCUCACCCAGCAUCUCGCGAACUCCAGCUUAAGGAUGGAUGGGUGGUGGAUGGGACAGGCCAGAAAAUGUGUUGGAUUACUGCAUCGAAACGACCAACCUCGCCGCGGAAGUGUUUUGCUUACCACGGCCAUACUGUUGUGAUUGGCGGAACGGCAGGGAAAGUGACUAUCAUCGAUCUGUCAGAAGUAGGGCCCCAAAGCUAG